AUGACUCUCGCAAUUCAAGUCUCCGUACGCUCUGCCGGUUCGAUGCGCACCUGCACUCCCCGACUCUGGUCUCAUUCUCGUGCAUCACAAAAACGAUUCGCUUCCACUGCUUCUGAGAACAAGGGAGGAGUCUCUCGACCACUGCUUAUCGUCGGCGCCUUGGCUGUUCCCGCAGCUUUGUACAUGGCACGUGAAAAGGGUACGUUUCCGGCGCUUGGGAAUCGGAAUAAGAAAUGGGACAGGCCGGCCUUGAUUUGGAGCUCUCUUGGAAAAGAGGAUGCCAACCACCCCGGCUCAGCAUCUCAGCAUCCAUAUAUGGCCGAGUCCGGGAAGAGCGUCAAGGGCGAGGGUGUCAUUGACACGGCGAGAUUAAAUGGUCCUGUUCGAGUCGAUCGACCUGCGACGUGA